AUGGCCGACGAUGGAAUGCUCUUGAACUUUGCCAUUGGUGACUCUGUCAUCAAGCCCGAGGCAAAGUUUAAAGGAGGCAGAUGGCGCGACCGCCUCACGGCGAAGAAGCGCUCGCAGCAUCAUCCCAACCCCAACGCAGACCCGAGCAAACACGGCGAAUCGAAGAACCCGAAUCACAUUCAAGUCCCAUCUACGAGACCUGCAAAGCGACAAAGGACUUCCGACGAUGCGCCCGGCGGGGGUCGUUCGCGAGGCCAGCAUCAGCCAUCGCAGAGAAAAAACCCCAAUGAUUUCGUUUCGUCGCUUUUCACCAAGAACCCCGAGGCUCAGAAUGCUAUCGAGCCGAAGACCAGCGAGCUUGUCGAAGAUGCAAAGCCGACUAAUGCUCCGCUGAUCGACGGACUCGACACUUUCACAAACCUGGGCCUCUCGCCGAACUUGGCUGCGCAUCUCCUCACAAAACUCGAGUUGAAGGCGCCUACUGGUAUUCAAAAGAGUUCUAUCUCACAAUUGCUGAAAGAGGACAGCGAUGCAUUCAUUCAGGCGGAGACUGGUUCUGGAAAGACCCUGGCUUAUCUUCUGCCGCUAGUCCAGCGCAUCAUGGCUCUCUCGAAAGCUACAAAAGAGGCUGGUGUCCACCGCGAUAGUGGAUUGUUCGCAAUCAUCUUAGCUCCGACUCGCGAGUUGUGCAAGCAGAUCUCCGUCGUUUUGGAGAAUCUUCUCCGAUGUGCGAACUGGAUCGUCUGUGGAACCGUUAUUGGUGGAGAGAAGAAGAAAUCAGAGAAGGCACGGUUGAGGAAAGGACUGAAUAUUCUUGUCGCCACGCCUGGACGUCUCGCCGAUCAUCUUGAUAACACGCAGGUGCUGGAUGUCAGCAAUGUUCGAUGGCUGGUACUGGAUGAGGGUGAUCGUUUGAUGGAACUUGGAUUUGAGGAGGAACUGAAGGGUAUUGUCAACAAGCUUGACGCAAGACAGCGACCUAGUCGCACUCCUGGCGUGCCGACGCGGAGGACUACUGUUUUGUGUUCCGCGACACUGAAGAUGAAUGUGCAACGCCUCGGAGAAAUCAGUUUGAAAGAUGCGGUCCAUAUCAAGGCAAACCCGGAGGAUGGGGAUGAAGACACUAAGAACGCAAGUGAUGACGGAGAAGAAAACUUCCGCGUUCCCGCACAGCUCAAGCAGUCCUACGCAAUUGUUGCAGCUAAGUUGCGUCUGGUCUCAUUGACCGCAUACUUGAAGAGAACGUUUAUUCGGAAGGGCUCUGUGAUGAAGGCUAUUGUUUUCGUUUCAUGUGCCGAUGAGGUCGAUUUCCUAUUCGAAGUGUUCUCUAGAAAGCACGGCCAGAGGAGAGAAGAUACCCCCGAAAAGGAAGGUGAGAAGAAGAGCGAUGAUGAAGAGAAGAAAGAUAAGGACGAGCGAGAGAAGCUCUCCCCACACGGCACCAUCGCCCCUGGUACAGCUUUCUCCAACCCAUCGAACCCCGUUAUCCUUCACCGACUCCACGGCUCCCUCCCCCAACACGUCCGAACCGCCACCCUCAAUUCCUUCUCCAAGAGCACCAACGCCUCAGUCAUGGUCUGUACCGACGUCGCCUCCCGCGGUCUGGAUCUGCCCAACGUCGACCUAGUCAUUGAAUACACCCCCGCCUUCAGCUCAGACGACCACACCCACCGUAUCGGUCGUACCGCCCGUCUGGGCCGCGACGGUCGGGCAUGUAUCUUCCUCCAGCCUGGCUCCGAAGAGAACUACGUCGAAGUCCUCAAGCGCGGCUACCGCGACGGAGGUAAAGCGCUCACCCGCACUGACGCCACCGAGAUCCUGAAGCGCGGCUUCGGAAGCACCAAUGGCUCGAACAGUAAGAACUGGGAAGAAAAGGCAACCGAUUGGCAAAUGGACGUGGAGCGCUGGGCUAUGGAGAACCCAGAGUAUCUCGAAAUGGCCCGUCGCGCAUACCAGUCCCACAUUCGCGCCUACGCGACCCAUAUCGCUGCCGAGCGCAGCAUCUUCAAUAUUAAGGAGCUCCAUCUUGGUCAUCUCGCUAAGAGUUUCGCGCUGCGUGAUCGGCCUGGCAAAAUCAAUGUUCCCGGUCUGCGCGCUAGUCAGGAAGAGACUAAGAAGGACUUCAAGGCUGCACGUGGUGGUGCUGGACAGAAGAGGAAGGCUGGUGCUUCUGAUGAUGGACCAUCUUCGACGAACGCCGACGAUGCGGCACGGAGGAUGAGGGCCAAGAUGAGGGAGCACAUGGCUGGUGCGAACGAGUUCAACCUUGCUUAA